CCAGACAAGAGUGUUGUGAAAGUGCUGAACUCUGUAGCAGGAAUGCAAUGACAGGUCUAGACCUGAACUUCCGCGUUAAGCAGGAAGAAGCCAACAGUCAGACAAAUGCAAUCUUCAAUCUGCUCGCACACCCAAAAUCUGCCUGCAUAUGACUUUAAUUUUUGGUGCCGAGCUUAAUUAGGGAAUCGUCUUUCGAAGUGGAGCUGAUGUCCAUGAAGCUGUUAUCUUGAAACUUAGUGGCGAAGCAAAGGAUUAACACAUUUUAAAAAGAUGGACGACAUUGACGCCAUGUUCAGCGCCAUGCUGGGGGAGAUGGACCUCCUCACCCAGAGUCUUGGAGAGGAAACGGUGCCCCCUGAAGCUCUCUCCAACACAAAGAAGGAAGUCAACUACUCCAUCGGCUUCACUGACCUGAAUGAGUCCCUUCAUGAACUGGAGGGCAAUGACUUGGACGCACUCAUGGCCGAUUUGAUGGCUGACCUCAAUGCAACGGAGGAGAAAUUGGCAACAGAGAUAGAAUGCUUGAAGGCACCGUCAGCGUCUCAACCAGACUUCCCACCACCGCCCAAGGGCCUGAGCAUCGAACCUGCCCCAUCGCACAUUUCACCGUCAUCUGCAGGAAGCAGAAGCAGCAAUGUUAGCACUCCUGUCCCUUCUGCUGCCUCCUCUUUAGCACCUCCACCUCCUUCUGGUGCAAAGCCCACAACGGAGGAGAUCGAGGCGCAGAUGAAGGCAGACAAAAUCAAACUCGCUCUUGAGAAACUAAAGGAAGCUAAAGUUAAAAAGUUGGUGGUGAAGGUACUAAUGAAUGAUGGCAGCUCCAAGACGCUGAUGGUCGAUGAGCGACAGAAUGUCAGGGAAGUUCUGGACAACAUGUUUGAGAAGUCUCAUUGUGACUGCAAUGUGAACUGGAGCAUAUGUGAGACCAACCCAGAACUGCAGCUUGAACGGGCGUUUGAAGACCACGAGAACCUUGUGGACCCACUCUCAGCGUGGACAAGGGACAGCGAGAACAAAGUACUCUUCCAAGAGAGACCAGAGAAAUAUGAGGUUUUCAAAAACCCACAGAACUUUUAUCUGUGGAAGAAGGAUAAGACAACUCUCAGAGAUAUGAAAGAUAAGGACAAAGAGUUAUUAAUACAGGAGAACUUCUGCGGGACUUCCAUCAUCGUGCCUGAUCUCGAGGGGGUGCUGCAUCUUAGAGAAGACGGAAAGAAGUCCUGGAAGCAGCGGCUCUUCCAGCUGAGGGCCUCGGGAAUUUAUUAUGUGCCCAAAGGGAAGACCAAGUCGUCCCGUGACCUCGUCUGCUUCGUCCAGUUCGACAACGUAAACGUCUACUACGGCAAAGACUUUAAGAGCAAAUACAAAGCUCCAACUGACUUUUGCUUUGUGCUGAAGCAUCCUCAGAUCCAGAAAGAGUCUCAGUACAUAAAGUACCUCUGCUGUGAUGAUAUUUGGACCAUGAACCUUUGGGUGACUGGAAUACGGAUUGCAAAGUACGGGGCAUCGCUGUAUGAAAACUUUAAAACAGCAGAGAUAAAGGCUUCUAACUCUGUGUGGACGAACCGCAGCACUCCAUCGAGCUCCAAUCAAUCAACGCCCUCACCCACAGUCAAAGCUAAAUCACCAAACCAGGCCAACGGUCAUGCUACCAAGCCGCAGCCAGGACCUAUUUCUCAGAAUCCAGCUCCACCACCACCACCACCAUUAGCCGAGGUCCUCCCCCCACCACCCCCAGACCCAGUGCUCCCUCCUCCUCCCAUGGCUGCCAAGACUGCCUCAAAACCCACCCCCCCAAAGCGGAAUCAACCAAACAACUUCCCUCCACCUCCACUUGAUAUGGACAAUCUCCCUCCUCCACCACCACCUCCACCCACUGACGACCACUUAGAGGCUCCGCCAGACUUUCUUCCACCACCUCCUCCAGCUACUGGCUUUAAUUCACUGCCACCACCACCUCCUAGUUUUGGUGGCGUGGACCACUCUCUGCCCCCGCCACCACCAGAUCCAGUGUCUUUGCCACCACCUCCACCUGACCCAGUGUUUGUAGCUUCUGGGGCUCCACCACCACCACCACCACCUCCUCCACCACCACCUGCUGCUCCUGUCGCCACCCUAAGACCAGCUGUGAGGACCUCUGGGUCAUUGAAGAAGGUUCCUCCGGCUCCACCAAAGAGGACUGCACCAACGCAAGGAGGCGGAGGAGGUGGAGACUUCAUGUCAGAACUGAUGCUAGCCAUGAGGAAGAAGCAUGCAGACCAGUAGCCUGAACAGAGAACUUGUGGACUAUAAAUACAGAAUGAACUAUGCCUGCACAGCCAACAACUUAAUCAGCCUUUUCUCGAAGAUGAAGCUAGUGGAGUUCUCUGUAGAUUUCCCCUUUUAGUCAUUCAUCCUUUUUCUGAACAGCUUCCAAGACAAAAACGAGUUAACCUUUGAAAAAAAGUUCAGUUUUGAAAAGCAUUUGAAAACGUUGGGCUCAAAAAGACUAUUACAGUUUGCUUUGUCAUGCUGUUAUCAUACUUCCAUAUUGUAUAUAUAUUUGCAUACAUAGCUGUAAAUACUGUAAAAACACAGUCAUUGUGUUACCAGUAAAUAUACAAGUUAGAUAGUUUGUUUUCAUUUGACUCUUCAACCCACCUAAAUAAACCCUUGAAUCUCCUG